AUGCAUGACAAGAUAAGUGAGCUGAAUAAGCCGGUGACGGUUGUGCGGGAAAUACCCCGCAAGGGGCAGGGCGCCGUGCAGGCAUACACCGCCAAUGCUGCCGAGAACUCUAAUAUCUUCGGUGAUAACAAGAACUGGGUGCCGAUCCGCAUCAAGGCGUUCACGAGGGACCUUAACGACCCGUCAAAGUAUUGCACUGUUGCUGGAGAAGAACGUUACGAUCAGACCUACACUAAAUUAUACUGCCGUGCCAAUGGCGUGUUGACGGUGAGGAAGAAGAGGAUUAUUGAAGAGCAGCUUAUUCCCGAGGCAAUUAAAAUGCACACUGAGCGUAUUUUUGUGGUCCGGGAGACGGGCAUUGUUAAGGUACCAAGUAUGGAGCAUACGUAUUGCAGCCACUACACCAUCCCUGAGGAGCACCACACAAUUGGGCUUCAGGAUGCUGAAUUGUAUUUUUACGUCAGUGCAUUGCAGACCGACCGUGCAAUGGCGUGGGGGGCGUAUUGCGCCUGUACAGACGAUGGGCGGCCCAUUGUUGGUUCCUUGAACCUGAAUCCCACUUACGUGGAAGCUACAGAUGCCGCCGUUCGCACGGUGGCGCACGAAAUCGCGCACCUUCUUGGUUUUGAUUAUUAUAUGUUUUUGAAGUUGGGAAUUGUAGAUACCGGUGUAACUUUGCGGCAAAGAAAAGUGGCGGUCAUAAAUACUACGCAGUCGAAGAAAGUGGCGAGUGAACAUUAUGGCUGCCCCAAUGCCACUGGAGUAGAACUGGAGUCCACGAGUAGUUGUGGGACAGCCCGAUCACACCUUGAGUUUCGGAAUGCGAAGGAUGAAAUGAUGGCGCCUUCAUCCAAAGCAAGCUACUACACCAAACUGACACUUGGAAUAUUCGAAAGCAUGCCAUUUUACAAGGUAAAUUACAGUAUGGCAGAGCCGAUGAAAUGGGGCAACAACUCCGGUUGCGGUUUUCUGGAGAAGAAGUGCUUA